AUCAAUAGUAUUGAUUUUGUUUUUUUGUUUCAGCUAUGUUGAGGCUCUUCAUUUGCUGUCAAUUUCUCUUCAUGUUACUAACUUCUGCAGCAUUAGACACAAUCACUACAGAUAAAUCCAUUAGAGAUGGUGACACAAUUGUUUCAGCUGGAGGGGUUUAUGAGCUUGGAUUUUUCAGCCCUGGAAAUUCGAAGAAUCGUUACGUUGGCAUAUGGUACAAGAAGAUAUCACCUACAACUGUUGUGUGGGUUGCAAACAGAAACAUUCCACUUAAUGACACUUCAGGAGUGUUAACACUUAAUCCCAAUGGAAUUCUUGUACUUGUUGAUAAAUCCAAUGUCUCAAUUUGGUCAUCAAGAUCGUUAAAGAAUCCAAAAGCACAGCUCCUGGAUUCCGCGAACCUUGUUGUUAGUGAUGGAAAUGACAGAGAUCAGGGAAUUAAUUUGGCGUGGCAGAGUUUUGAUUAUCCAGGAAACACUUUAUUACCUGGAAUGAAGGUAGGAAUAGAUUUGGUUACGGGCAUGGAUAGGUAUGUAAUGUCAUGGAAGAGCACGGAUGAUCCUACUCCUGGUGAAUAUGUAGAUCGUGUUGAUUCACAUGGAUAUCCUCAAUUGUUCUUGAUGAGAAAUUCAUCUGUAGUGUUUAGCUCAGGGCCAUGGACUGGUGCUGCAUUUUCUAGUAGUCCUAGUAAUAAACCAACAUUGUAUUAUACGUUCGAGUUUGUUAUCACUCAGAAGGAAAUUUACUUCAAAUACGAGCUUAAGAAUGACUCUAUGCCCACCAGGGUGGUGCUCAACCCGGAUGGGGUGAUACAACACUUAAUAUGGAUUGAGCAUACUCAGAGCUGGUUUCUCUACUUGACAGCACAACUUGAUAAUUGUGAUCGUUUUGCUUUAUGCGGACCUUAUUCAAGUUGCAACAUCAAUAACUCCCCUCCAUGUGACUGUUUGAAAGGUUUUGAGCCUAGGUAUCCUCAAGAUUCUGCAGCAGACUGGUCUAGUGGUUGCGUAAGGAGAACUUCUUUAAAUUGUACCCAUGAUGGUUUUCUUAAAUUUACGGGUAUCAAGAUGCCGGAUUCUAGAAACUCCUGGCAUAAUGAGAGAAUGAACCUUGAAGAAUGCGAGAAAAUGUGCUUAGCUGAUUGCAAUUGUACAGCCUACUCAGAUCUUGAUGUUAGAAAUGGCGGAAGUGGAUGCUUACUAUGGUUUGGAGAACUCAUAGAUAUACGAGAGUUCAGCCAAAAUGAGCAAAAUCUGUAUGUGAGAGUAGCUGCUUCAGAAUUAGACAGGACACGGAGGAGAAAGAGGUCAGUCCUGAUUGGUGUCAUUUCAGCAGUGGUAGCAACACUUAUCCUCAGCUUUUUAGCUUGGUUUUACUUCCAAAGAAGGAAAAGAAGAAGAAGAAUAGGUAAUAUAGCAGAGGCGAAUGUAUAUUGA